GAAUUAUAAACUGUGAAUCAAUUUUAAUGCUCGAUAUGAACUACACAUAAGUGGAUUUUUCUGAUGUGUAUGUAUGUAUGUACAAUUUCGUAUAAUUCUAAAUUACAGGAAACGAGCAGUUCUUUGUUAUUGUUUCAAAUGAAAAUUUAGAAAACUUUAAUAAACACGUAAACAAUGUCUGCUGUUUAUCCAACUUUGUCAAAGUUAGUUGUAAGUGAUGGUUAUGAUGAGGAAGAUUUAACAGAUAUCGAUGAUGAAGUAUUCAUUCGAGAUGGAAAGAAUGGUAGUUUAAAGUUGCAUGAUGAUGGUGGGGUGAAACAGCCUUUGAUGGCACCUCGCCGAAGAUACAAGAAAUCUCAUAAUUUUGAAACAUACAGGCUUUCAAAUAAAGCCUUUUAUGUACCUCUUUGCUUUGGACUCAUGGCAUUAGUAAUAUUAUUAAGUUUAAUUACAUUAUGUAUAUACAUUGUAAAUGUAAUUCCUAUGCCACUGUCAAUCCUAAAAAAUUGGUUGUCACACGAUGUUGGAGAUACAUCAAAGGAAUCUAACAUAGUUCCAUGUACCUCAUUGGCAACAAAAAUUUUAUGGACCAGAUCCUUACCAAAAUUGACAUCCGAAUCUCCAUUAAGAACUACUGAUGUUAAUGCUGAUGGAAUUGAAGAUAUCAUCAUUGGAUUUAGUACAGGUUUAGAUGUGAUAAAUACUCCAGAGUACAUUUGUGCACUAUAUUUUGAAGGACAAGUUCCAUGUUUUGGUGGAGUUUUGGCUUUGAAUGGUAAAACAGGAGAUACACUUUGGAUACAUUGGACAACUCAUGCAAUAUUUUCAAUUGAUUGCAAUUUGGAUUUAACAAAUGAUAAAAUUAAAGAUUGUAUUAUAUGUGGACGUGGGGGAAUACUUCAUGCUGUGAAUGGGCAUGAUGGAACUAGCAUAUGGGAAAUCCCAAUUAGAGAAUUAUCAGCUUCAGAAGAAUGGAAACUUUCUGAUAUUUAUGAUGCUAAAUUUAUUGCUGAUAUUGAUGGAGACGAAAUUGGGGAUGUUAUCGCAUCGCAUACUAUACAAUCGAGAGAAAUUCAUACAAGUGAAAUUCUUAUAAUAUCAGGAAUCAAUGGAAAUGUAAUACACAGUUCAAUUUUACCAAAUACAGAGCAAUUAUUUUUAGCACCUCAAAAAUUAAUACAUCCAGAUGGAGAAAAUAUUUUUAUUCUUGUAACCAGUAGUCAGAAACAAUCGGGAGGGUUGUAUAUAAUUCCUCAAGUAGAUCUAAUGUAUGGUAAUUUGAAUUUACGAAAGUUGCAUCAUGAUACGGGAAAAGGAACUUUAUUGCCCCCAAUUUUGGUGGAUAUAACAUUAGACGGAGUUGAAGAUAUUGUUACUGCUAUGUUCAACUCAACAAUAAUAGUUUAUAAUGGACUAACAUUCGAACCUAUUUGGAAUUAUACCAUCCCCAAUUCUGAAGUAAUAAGUAUACCUAUUCCUGGUUAUUAUAAUGAUGACGAUGUACCAGAUUUUAUGGUAAAACAUCAAAUAGGUUCAGGUUUUCCAACAUAUUAUUAUACUGUAGCAACAAUCAUCGAUGGUAAAACUGGUAAACCAUUAUUAGAAAAGCCAAUAGAAGAUAGUUUAAGUAAAGAAAUGUCUGGUUUAUCAAUUACUGUUGAAGGUUUUGGAAAUGAUUGGUUUUUACACUGGUCUGUCGAUUGUCUAAAUUAUGAAGGAGUUAAAGAGAAAUAUCAGUUUUUAAGAAGUGAAGAUCUCGUAUCUGAAUCACGUGUUGAUCUUUGUAAACUGAGGUUUAAUUCCACUUUGACUACAACUUUGUAUGCUUUGAGUCAGCAUGUUGGACCACCUGGUAUAUCAUUAUAUUUUUCUGUAGAUUGGAAGUCUUUAGAAUAUAAUAACUCUAUAAUGGAAUCAUAUGCAAAUAUGCCAUUUGUAUCUGAAAGAUCACCAAAAAUUGAUAGAAAUCAAAAUAAAGACAAUGUACACACAAAAAAACGUAAAGAUAAAUCUGGCGAUAUGAAUAACUAUUUUGAACCUUAUGGACAAUAUGUAACUAAUAAAAAACUAUUUCCUAUGGAUAGUCAGAGUGACAAUAUAGAUGAUUUUAAUCGUGAUUACAAUUUGCAAAAUGAAAAUAAAUGGAUAAACCCAAAUGAGCAAGAAAACAAAGAUUAUGACAUGGUAUAUGAUGGUAAUAAUAACAUUAAUAUACAAGAAGAGCGGUCUAUAAAUUAUUCACAAGUAAAUAAAAGAUUGGAAGGAACAAGUAACAUCAACAAUAGAUUUAUUCACGAACUUAAUACAGAUAUAAAUAAACCAUCAAAUAUUACAAACAGAACAAAUGUACCUAAACAAAUUAAUAAUUAUCUUACAAUUUUUGAUACUGCAAAUGAUAAAGAUACAGAUGCGGAAACAAUGGUGCUACGCAAAAGAUCAAUGAACAUUUUACAAGACAAUAUGCAGACUCUUACUCGCAAAAAACAAAAAUUACCAAAACAGAAUAAAAAAACAAAUAUUAAAGAAAAAUCAAAAAUAAAAUUAAUAAAUAAAUUACAACUUGAUUCGAAUAAAUAUCAAAAGAAAAGAGAAAUAAAUAACAAACACAAUAGAAUAUAUCCAACAUAUGGUGUACAAAAGCAACCACCGACUGGCGUCCUAUUACCUUCUAUUUUACAAUCAAAAGGAUCAACUUCCAUAGAUUUAGUAUUUUCUACAUUUUGGUUACCAUCUUCUGAUGUACCUAUAAUACUAAUUCAGGAAGAUCUGGAUUGUAUCCAUAGGAAAAAAAUGCUUUCAGAAAAAAAAUUACAGUAUGAACAAAAUGAUGAUAUUGUCAAGGAAUGUUUAAAUGAACGAGGCGUUGAUUAUAAAACAAAUCAAGAAACAACUGAUAAAGAGAAUUCCAAAAUUUCUCUUGGACAAAUGACAAUAUAUAGAAUCAAACUGGAAUGUAUAUGCCCAGAGGAUAUGUUACCUAAUCAAAGUUGCAAAAAUAUUUCAUCCCAUCAGAGUUGGUCUGAAUAUUUGGGUUUGCAUGGGAAUGGAUAUUUCAAACCUCUUUAUAAAGCAAACACGAAAUGAUUUCUUUACACUUUACUUAUACUUUUAUAAACUAUUAUAUUGAUUUUUUAAAAUAUAUUUUUCUUUUCCUCUAUGUGAGGAACGAAUAAAUAUAUAUAUAUUUUUUAUAAAUUUAUGAAAUGAUUAGCUACUUAAAAGUUACAUAUUGGAGCUAUUAUUUAAAUUUGAAUGUUGCUAAUAAGAUAUGAAUUCUACUUAUUAAUUAGUGUAAGAAUUGUGUAUAAUUGUUCCUUGAAUAUGUACCUGUUGUGUAAUGAAAACUAUCAUUACCAAACUUCAAUACAAUUUGGUACUAAUAUUUUGAGUACAUUAUAAAUACUAGAUAAGUAUAUCAGAUGACUUAUAUUAAUAAAAUGUUUACAUAUUCAUAAAAUAUACCAAAC